UAGAGGUAGGAUUUUCCUUAAAUGGGUGGUGAUAUUGGACUCGAUAGAAUAAAUGUCAGCAUAAAGUUGACGAUAAUUUAGAAUUUUUCAAUUAUAUACUUUAGAAAAUUUAAUAAACUUUUGUGAUAUUAAUUUUCUGUAUUUAUUUAAGUUUCAUUUUUUAAUUUAAUUUACGUCAAAAUUUUUAGUUUGUAUAAAUAUUUAAAAUGGCUGCAACACGAAGAUUGCAAAAGGAACUUGGAGAUAUCAGAAAUUCUGGUUUAAAAUCAUUUAGGGAUAUACAUGUCGAUGAAACAAAUAUUUUAACAUGGCAAGGUUUGAUUGUUCCCGACAAUCCACCGUACAACAAAGGUGCCUUUAAAAUUGAAAUAAACUUCCCAGCCGAAUAUCCAUUUAAACCCCCAAAGAUAAAUUUUAAAACUAAAAUUUAUCAUCCAAAUAUAGAUGAAAAAGGUCAAGUAUGUUUACCAAUACUUAGCGCUGAAAAUUGGAAACCAGCAACUAAAACUGAUCAAGUAAUUCAAGCUUUGGUAGCAUUAGUAAAUGAUCCAGAACCGGAACAUCCAUUAAGAGCCGAUUUAGCUGAAGAAUUUUUAAAAGAUCGAAAAAAAUUUUCUAAAAAUGCUGAAGAAUUUACAAAAAAAUAUAGUGAAAAACGACCUCCUGGAUCUGAUUAGACAAUAAAUAAAUAAAAAACAAAAAAAGUAAAAAUUAAAACUUAAAAAAAAAGUUUGAUAUUAAUUGUAUUAUAAAUAGGCGGGUCCCCUUUUUGAUUCAAAAAAUGAUUGUGGUUCAGCAGCAAACAGCUCAUUCAGCUAGCGAAAUAUUAAUUUUAUAAAACACGUUAAUUAGUUUAUAGAGAAACAACAAAAAAAGCCGUUUUUUUUUUAUUCUCGAUUUUUCAAUCCUGAAUCUGAUAACAAUAUUUCACUUAUUUUAUAAACUCCAAUAGUCUUGAUAGAUUUCGUUGCCAUUUUUUUCCAUUUUCCGUUUUUAUUUUUACAUAAAUGUUAUUUUUCGUUGUUGCAUUUAUAUGUAUUUAAAAAAACCAAAAUAAAGUCUCUUAAUAACUCAUGGUGGUAAUUGAAGAUGUUUUUUUAUGAAGCGAAUUUUUCGAACAAUUUUCUUAUUUUGAAUGUUUUAUGAAAAAUAAUUAUUUACAUUUAAAGUCGGGUUUAAGCAGGACAAUUUGAUCAUGCCCGAAAAAUGCGAACCAUUAUAAAUUACUCUAAUUAUUCUAAUACUAUUAAUUUUGUUGAGCGGUAUAAUAAUCGGCCCUUUUAAUUCGUUGCAUGAAAAAGCAUCUUGUAGGAUAUAGAAGCGUUAUUUCGGCCAUCAAACAUCAAACAAUGGUCGUUUUUCAGAAUGUAUACAUAAUUUAUGUGUAGAGAAUGGACAGUAAAUCAACAAAAGUUAAAGAAUGAAAAACGUUGAUUUACGAGAGUUUUAAUUUUAAGAAAUAAUAAUUAUUUAAAUGUAAAAUUGGGCUUAAACAGGACAAUUUGAAGAGCCGCAUAAAAAUGCGAACCAUU